GCGGGCAUUCUUUGAUGUUGCCCCAAAAUGGCGUAUGCGGUUUCUUCGCUGGAGGAACAUUGAGUGGGGGAAAAAAAAAAAAAGAAAACACACCGUGAUUUCGAUUAGGAACCGAGUUUAAAUUUGCGUGCUUUUGUGUGUGUGGGUCCUUAAAAUAAGACUGCGAAAAUGAAAGGCAAAGAGCGGUCGCCGGCGAAGAAACGCUCAAGGGCCUUGGAUGAGAUCCGAGACAGAGGAGGAAGCCACCCGACCAGCAAGAAAAUGGCUCUUUCUGUGUCCGGUGGCAACAGCAACGGCAACAGCUCGGCAAAGAGCGAAGGGAGCUCGACCAGGAGGAGCCUGCUCGCCGACAAAAGGGGAGAAAGUCGGGAUUUCGAGAGGCACGCAGCCGGCAGUGCCAGCAGCAACCACGGCUACGCUGCGCUCGCAAGCUCCUGCAGCAAGAACCACGAUAAUAACUUAAACCCGGAGCCCGCCAGGAUCAACACCCGCGGGGAGCCUCGGCCGCCGCCGCCGCCGCCGCCUCUCAACAGCGAGAGUGAGUACAAGACCCUUAAAAUAAGCGAGCUGGGCUCCCAGCUCAGCGACGAAGAGAUAGAAGACGGGCUUUUCCACGAGUUUAAGAAAUUUGGGGACGUGAGUGUUAAAAUUAGCCGGAUUAGCGACGAGAGGGUGGCGUUUGUCAAUUUCAGGAGGCCCGAGGAUGCCAGGGCGGCCAAGCACGCGAGGGGGAGACUGGUGCUGUACGAUCGCCCCCUGAAAAUCGAGGCCGUGCAUAUGAACAGGAGGAGAAGCCGCUCCCCUAUUGAAAAGGACACUUAUGCAGUGCUGGCAGGGCGGCACCCACACGUCCAGAGACCUUUAUCCCCCACUGGACUGGGAUACAGAGAUUACAGGCUGCAGCAGCUUGCCUUGGGGCGUCUCCCCCCUCCUCCACCGCCCCCCCUGCCCAGAGAUCUGCAGAGGGUAAGGGAAUAUGCCUUUUUCGACGCCCGGGCGCGCCCAGCUUACAAUAGGACUGCUUUCCGAGAAGAGGAAGUCCUUUCCCCUGAAGAUGAUGAAAGAGCUAACAGGACGUUGUUUCUUGGGAACCUGGAUAUCACUGCCACGCAGAGCGACCUGAGGAGGGCCUUUGACAGGUUCGGGGUGGUCACUGAAGUGGACAUUAAGAGACCCACCCAGGGCCAGACCAGCACCUAUGGUUUCCUCAAGUAUGAGAACCUGGACAUGGCUCACCGUGCCAUGAUCGCAAUGUCUGGCAAGGUGAUCUGCCGAAAACCCAUCAAGAUCGGCUACGGCAAAGCCACCCCCAGCACUCGCCUCUGGGUGGGGGGCUUAGGGCCCUGGGUUCCCUUGGCAGCUCUUGCCAGGGAGUUUGACCGUUUUGGCACCAUAAGAACUAUUGACUACAGAAAAGGGGACACCUGGGCCUACAUUCAAUAUGAAAGUCUGGAUGCCGCCCAGGCAGCUUGCAGCCACAUGAGAGGCUUCGCUUUGGGGGGCCCGGAUCGCAGACUCCGAGUGGAUUUUGCAGACACAGAGCAGAGAUACCAGCAGCAAUACUUGCAGCCCCUGCCUUUGCCUCACUAUGACUUGGUGGCAGAAAGCUUUGUUCACCGCGCAGCACCAGAGCCAUUAAGGGCCAGGGAAAGGACUCCCCCGCCUUUGCACUUCAGAGAGAGGGAGCUGUACCCGGCUCCCGAAUGGGCCCCUGUCAGAGACCGAGUGAGAGCAGGCUACGAUCCGCUAGAACACCUGGACAGGGAACGCAGGCCGCGAGAGAGCUGGUCCCUGGACCGGGAAAGAGAGCUACAGAACCGGGAACAAACCCGAAAGCGCCGGCUGUUGGAGGAAAGCCGAAUCCUGGAGCGCUCCCCAGACAGCACUGAGCGUGCCAGGAGGCGCCACUGCCUUUCCUUGGAGCGCAGUCCAGGGGAGAGCAGCAGAGACGGCGGCCGUUAUAGUGACUCAGAGCGGCCCCUGCGCACAGAGAGGCCCUCCCCGCCCCUCAGGGACAGGCGCGCCAGCUUAGAAAAGGGCCAAGGUGACAAACGAGGAGGAGAGCGCCUAAAAAACAUCAGCCUCUCUGACGCUGGCAUCGGGGGCGGUGGAGAGAGGGAGCGCAAACGCAAGAUCGGCGACGCCUGCAAGAGCCCGGUCAAGAAAGAUGAGAGAUUGGAAGUCAGCUCCUCCAAGCCCUCCCAGCAGCAGAAGCAGGAAGGCAGCCAGAAACUCACCCUGGCCUGGCAAGGCAUGCUUCUCCUGAAAAACAGCAAUUUCCCUUCCAACAUGCACCUCCUGGACGGGGACCUCAACGUGGCCACCAGCCUGCUGAUCGACGGCUCCACGGGAGGCAAGGUGGCUCAGCUGAAGAUCACCCAGCGCCUGCGUCUGGACCAGCCCAAGCUCGACGAGGUCACGCGCCGCAUCAAAGCUGCAGGACCCAAAGGCUACUCCGUCCUCCUCGCAGUACCGGGAGACGAUGGCACUUCCGAGUCGGAUCAAGCUUCAUCCACCCAGAGACCCCUGAAGAACCUGGUGUCUUACUUGAAACAAAAGCAGGCUGCCGGUGUCAUCAGCCUGCCCAUCGGAGGCAGCAAAGACAAGGACAACGCUGGAGUCCUCCACGCUUUCCCUCCCUGCGAUUUCUCCCAACAGUUCUUGGAUUCCUCCGCAAAAGCGCUUGCCAAAACCGAAGAGGACUACCUGGUGAUGAUCAUAGUGCGUGGGGCGUCCUAAAAAUUUUUGUAAGGUUGCAGAUCAACAGCACUGCAUGCAUGCGCCUGGCUUUGUAUUAUGGGAUACAUCAAUGUAUUUAGUUUGGAUUUUGGCAACACAUUUUGCCAAACAAAAUAACCCUUUUUUUAGGCAAAAAAAAGAAAAUCCACGAAUCCAGUUCUUGGGGUCCAAAAACGUAACUUUAUCAAAAGGUUUGCAAGCCUGUCUUGCAUUAUCAGAGCUAUUCCUUUUUAGUUUAAUUUUUACUUUUUUUUUUAACAGAUUUACCUGUUUGUGUUCUGUAUACUGUUCCAAUCCAUAUACUGGUGUUCAGGCUCAAUAUUAUGAGGAGGAGGGUAGGGGGGGUUAAAGAAGGCAGGCUUGCUAAGAAAUGAAAUACAUCAAAUUUCUAGAGGUGUGAAAAUGAAUGGCACUGUCUUGUAAUUCAGUAGGCCUGUACGAGCCCACAGUGAGCUUGGUUGCAGUUAAUCCAAAUGAUUAAAUACAUAAAUAAAUUUGUAUGACAUACUGAGCAGCCUGCAGCAGGGCACACGAGAAGCACUUGGUCUUAUUUUUCCAUUGCAUGUAAUUGAGAGGUACAGGCGUCGCCAGAUCGGACACCUCUCAGUUUCUUUACAAUUGGCUAUUGAUAAAACAAGCAGCUGUUUCAGUUGCCUGAACUGCAGCUGUGGGUGCUCGGGGGUCACAUUUUCCCAGUGUGUUACAGAGAAUCCCCUCUUACUGUGUAAGAAGACCAAUAGAAAUUCCCUCAGGGCUGCUGAGCUGUGCUCUGCUGUAGUGUCCCUCCCUGUGAUUUUCUUUGAACAGAUGUGGGUAAACUGGGCCUGCCUUUUAUGUCUCUUCCCCUCUUUGCUGUUUGGUGUUUCCCUGUCGCUGAUCAGAUUCAAGGUUUGCAUUUGCAAAGCUUUAAUUGCCUCCUCCUGCUGAAGGGCAGAGUGUGUUUUGGGUUCUGUUAAAUGUAAAAUAAUUCUUUGAAGACCCGAACGAGGCUCCUCGGGAUUGAUAGAUACUUCAAGUAAAAUGCAGACCUUGUGCAGCGAAAGUGGUAUGGGAUCUGAUGAGUAUCUUCUGACAGACCCGUUCAUUAUUGUCAAUCUGCUCACAUGGUGCUUUCCUUUUUAUCUUAAGGUACCUUCUUGUGUUUUUAUGUUAAUAACAGAUUUAGUAUCCCAUAAUGCAAAAUCCGACAGUAACAGUGUUGACUUG